AUGGCCAACUCUAUCCAGAACGGCUGUACCACUUCUACUGUUCUUGUCGGGGUUGAAGCAGCAUUACGCGCAGUAGUAGACCCAACCAUCUCUCUGACACCUACGUUGCUGCAGAAAGAGUUCACUAUUGAGGGAAGAGUCGCUGUCGUCUCCGGUGGUCGUCGAGGACUCGGGCUAGAGAUGGCUGAAGCACUUGCUGAAGCCGGUGCGACUGUAUAUUGUCUGGCUGCCAGUGAAGGACCAUCUGAGGAAUGGUUGGCGACCCAAGCAUACGUUUCUAGACUCGGUCUCGUGAAGAGUGCUCGCCUUGAGUACGCCAGCGUGGACGUCUCCGACCAGACUGCCGUUUGGGAAGUCAUGGGCGUUAAUGUGAAUGGCAUGUUCUACACUGCACAAGGGGCCGCGAGGCAGAUGAAGAGACUUGAGACACCGGGGAGUAUAGUACUUGUGACGUCUGCAACUGGAAGUGUAGCCUUCCGAGGAGCUCCACUUGCUGCAUAUAGUACGACAAAGGCUGCCGGUAUCCAGAUGGCAUGCUCCCUGGCAUGCGAACUCGGGCCUGACAGAAUUAGAGUGAACUCUCUGUCCCUGGGAUAUUUCCCAACAGACCUCCAUUCUGGAAUUGAGCAUGGGGAAGAAGUCGACAAGUACUUGAAAACGCAAAAUCCACUUGUACGAGCUGCAAAACCUGCAGAGUUGAGAGGGGUGAUUACAUGGCUGGCAUUGGACACGUCGUCAUUCUGCACAGGAAGCGAUAUAAUCGUUGAUGGCGGCCAUCGCGCAUGGUGA